ACACAGUUUCAGAUAUAAACGAAGUGAUAUGAAACACAGAGAGUUGGUCGUAAUAUUCUUUAUAUCAGUGAAAUAAAUUAUAAUGUGAAUAUUGAAUGAAGGCUGCUGUUAAGAAAAAGUUUAACUACUUAUUUUUGAUGCAGGAUUUGCAUUUUUCGAUUCAGUUAAUGUGAUUCUCGAUAUCAUUGACAUCAGAUUGCUGUAUGAUUAUUCAAAAAUUUCACAUGGUGCUCACUGAAUUAUUUGUCAAUGAUAAGUGAAAAUUCCAUUUAGUCAAUUCUUUGCACAUGAAAUGAUAUAGUAAUAUAAAAAUACUUGAAAUAUUUUUCCGAUCAUUUCUAGAAGAACAAAUUGAUAAAAGUGAAUUGUGUAUUUUGAACAGUUUGAAAACGGCAAUAAUAACUGAAUUUGUAUUCAAUUGACUGAUAAUUGUCGAUAAGAUAGCUAUAUCAUCUAUUUAUUAUAGUCAAGAUUCAGAAGAUUCAGUCAAUCACAUCAUUAAUAACAUGGCAAUCGACGAUUUACAUCCAAUUAUUUUUGCGGCCAGUUUGUUCUGUGGAUUUUUUUUAUGGCGAAUUCUGAAAAUGGCUUCCAAACCGAUGACAACAAACAGUGGAUCAAGAAUCGAAAAUAAACUUAUCGAAUGUUGGAUUAUGCGGAAAAUUAGUCAGUGGAAGCAUCAAAAUACGACUAAUGAUGUUUACAAUGAAGAGAGAUUGGACAACAAAUACUUUAAGUUUUUUGGUUGUAAUCAAAGCGGGGAGGCAAUUUUCGUUGAAUUUAAAAAUAAUGACGAUUUUCAGAAUAUUAAUUUUAUAUUGAGACUCAAGGACGGCACGUAUUUGACAAUACCAGAACAAUUACCGAACGCAAUUACAAAUUAUCAUCAGAGUUUCUCGUCCAGGGGUGUAACGAUACAACGAAUUUUACCGUAUUAUAAGUGGAGAAUUACCUUUAACGGUUUGAUUGAUUUCAAAAAAUCUGGCACACAAAAUGACACAAAUGAACUACAACAUGUUUCAUUUUCAUUUUUUUGGACUGCAGCAUCGGACCCAUUGAGUUGGCCAAACAACUGGAGCCCAAAACUUUUAACUCGUGCAUUUGGUCAUGUUGAACAAUUAGAGUAUCAUUUAAAUGAAUUAUUGAUAUCCGAUAAAGGAUUUGACCAAUUUGGUUCAUUAUUUGGACAAGUAACCAUAGAAAAUGGAGACUCAACAGAAAAAUUUGAAUUAAAUCUACCUGGAGUUCGAACAAGUCGUCAGAUAGACGAGAAAACUACGAAUCAUUCACAAAGUACAUGGUCUCUGGUGGCUUCGUGCAAAGAUGGCCUUGUUUUAUCGCUAUCAGCACGAGACAUUGAAAACGAAAACAAAGUUUACUCGGGUUGUGUGCGAAUGCCAAGUAUGAAUGUACAUCGUAUCAAUGAUGUUAAUCUGAAUGCGUCUGAUUUUGUUGCAACGAAGUCACCCAAAGAAAUACAUUUCAAUAUCAAAGCAACCAACAAAACGUUCAAAUCAAUUGUUCGUAUUGCACCCAAUUCAAGUCAAACAAUUCACAAUGCUGGAUAUUUAACAACUAAAACACCAUUUACAAUAGAUAUAAAUAAUGAAUGUGGGUACGGAUUCGUGAUAUCGUCCUCAAAAAAUUCGACUUGGAAUCGAAUUGUCGAACCAAAGCGAGACAUAUUGAAAUUGCGAAAUGUCCGGAAAUUGGAUACAGUAACCUUAUUUUUCAAUGAACCCGAUGCACAGUGUGAACAACUUUGCGGCGGAAAAGCAUCUUCUUUGGCUUACCUUACUCAAUUAUCGAACAAUGAACGCCAUCAAAAACAUAAUUUUGUGGUACCACAGGGUUUUAUAUUGACCACCGAUGCAUUUGAUAUUCAACUAAAAUCCAAUCGUCGAGUCUAUGAAGCGAUUUCCAACAUUGAAAAUAUUGCAUACAAGCGAAACAAUGGAAAUUUAGAAAGUGCUUGCGAGGUGGUGUCAAAACUUUUCACGGAUACACCAAUUGUAGAGGAAAUAGCAGAUGAAAUCAAAAGAGCUUAUUUAAUUCUUAAGAAUAAUACUGGCUCGUCAUUAAAAGUGGCCGUUAGAUCGUCUGCAAUCGGCGAAGAUUCAAUGGAAUCAUCAUCAGCCGGUCAAAAUGAAACUUUUCUCGGUAUUCAAAAAAUCGAUCAAAUUUUAUGCGCCAUCCAAAAGUGUUGGGCUUCCUUGUUUACUGUACAAAGUGUGACCUACCGGAUUCAAAAUAUUCAGCCGAUUAAUACAAAAAUGUCAGUGGUGAUACAGACAAUGGUAGCAGCAGAUUGUGCCGGCGUUUUGUUUACGCAGCAUCCUGUCUCAAAUGAUCCAAGCAAACUAUUAAUCACUGCUAAUUAUGGCUUGGGUGAAUCGGUGGUUUCGGGUUUGAUUGAUCCAGAUAUGUUUAUUGUUCAACGUUCUUAUAAAAAUAACAACUUGAAGAUUGUAGAAAAAAAAUUGGGUGGAAAACAACAAUUUGUUCAUAUGUCCAUGGAUAACGUCAAUAGUUCCGAAGUCAAUGAUACUUUACGAAAACAGCUAUGCUUAACUGAUGCGAACUUGCUAAAGUUAUGUGAAAUUGGCAUCCAUCUUGAAGAAAGUUAUGGUUCACCCAGAGAUAUUGAAUGGGCAAUUCUCAAUGACAAAAUCUACUUACUUCAAUCCCGUCCAAUGACAUCGACUAAAGCAUUCAGUUCUUGGGAAUUAUUGCAUGAGUUCGAUACCGCUGUCAUGAGUGAAUAUGAUUACUUUUCUUUUGGGAAUGUCGGCGAAGUCAUGUCACAAACUGUAUCGCCUUUAACCAUAUCGGCAUUGAUGCCGUCAUUCGAAAAGGGCCUAUUGAAAAACUUUCCGGUUUAUAAAGAAUCAAAAUUUUUCGAACAAAUCAUGGCCAUUUCGCAUAACCGAAUGGCAAUCAAUGUGUUUAGUGUUUUUCUGCGAAUGGUGAAGCGUGAAAUAACAAUGGAAAACCGUGUUCAUGGCAUAGCAAUUAUGGGUCAUGAAUUUAUCACAGAUGAAAUUCAUAAAAUAGGCGCGCAUCGCUAUGGAUAUGCCAACAAAUUAACCGAACUAUGGAAUAUGUGGGCGGUUUUAAAAGUGGGUUGGAACGGAAAACCACGAGUUGAACAACUUAAUCAAUUCAUGGAAAAAUUCAUUGGAACAUAUAAUCGACGUAAUUUACGUGUAUUUCAAUCGCUUAAAGAACUUUAUGAAGAUAUUACACUGAAAAUUGGCAAGGACUUUGCGUACGUGCAAAGCGUACAUGGAGCAACUACGAUGAUUGGGACUGUUUAUCAAAUUAUCAUAUUUUCGGCAUUGGCCGAAGGAAAAAAAGAAAUUACCAAUGAAUAUUUACAAGACGUGACUUUGUUAUUGAGUUCAUGUAAAAACGCUGAAUCGGCCGAAAUUCCAGUUUUAUUAGAAGAAAUGGCAUCAACACUUUUACGGUGUAACAGUUCUAAGGCGAUGGAAUUUUGCGACAUCAACUCAGAUAAAGGCAUUGCCUGGCUUACCGAAAAUUGUAUUACGGCAUAUACGCUAUUUGAAUUGUUCAUAGAACGUCAUGCACAUCGCGGUUUUCAAGAGUUUGAUUUUGGAUAUGAGACGUGGGGAAUGAAUCCGUCAUUGGUGAUUGAAAUGCUGCAAAAAACGAUUCGAAACCGAAACAUGAAAGGAUCCCAGAGAAAAUGUACCGAAAAACGAACAAAUGAAGAAAUUUUGGCCGAAUUAAAAACACCGUCUAAAUCAUCAACAUUGCGAACGAUUCGUUUCUUCUUGCCACGUUGCCAAGAUUUCGUCGAAUUGAGGGAAAAGACUAAGAGUCAACUUGUCGCUUACAUACAUGAGCUGCGCAAGGCUUAUUGUUAUUUGGCCGAAAAAAUGCAAGAACAAGGAUUAUUGCCCGACAUGGAUUUGAUAUUUUAUUUAACACAUCAAGAAAUUGGCACAAUUCUUGAAGAUCGCAAACGAAGUGAUUUAAUAAUAAAGGCAACUCGUCGUCGUCGUUUGUUUCCCGAAUGGAAAAAAUUACGUUUCGACGAAUUUCAAUGGGGUUGUAUGAAACCAAAGAACAAUGAUCAAGAUACAAUUUAUUCAAAUUGUGAAAAAGUUAAUGGAACACCAGUAUGUGAAGGAAAAAUAACGGGUAGGGCUUGUGUUGUAAAAACAUUUGCUGAAGUUUCAAAGAUUAAAGCUGGAGAUAUUUUGAUUACAUAUUGUACUGAUAUUGCAUGGAGUCCCUAUUUCCCGAUCUUAAGCGGUGUCGUUACCGAACUUGGUGGUUUAAUUAGCCAUGGAGCGGUAGUAGCGAGAGAAUAUGGGCUGCCCUGUAUUGUGGGAGCAACAAAUGCCACUAAUAUAAUUUGUGACGGGGAACAAAUCUGUAUGGAUGCAAAUACUGGUGUUAUUACCAAAUUGGGAAUAGAAAAUCAAAUAGAAAUUACGUAAAGUUUUUAAACUCUAAAAUCAUUUCAAUGUUUGCUAUUUAAUUUUCAAUAAAAGAUAAAGCCAAA